AUGGCGGAAUGCGAAGCUUAACCCCUUGAAGACAUUUAUUAGGAACAUUGUGAUCAUAAUUUUGAUAGCGCAGAUAAAAUUGUCACCUUCAUAUUGAGGUUGAUAGUAUUGGCAAUUUCUAUUUACUCAAGUGUUUUAGUUCUAUUGAUAAUCAAAAAUAGUUAAAAAAAAUAAUUUUGGCCGUUUAAGUUAAUAAUUUGUUAAGUUUUAUCUGAAUGCGUCGACCUCCUGUUGGCUUUAAUUUUUACCAUUAAUAGUUCAUGCUGGCCAAAGGCUUGCAAAAUAAUUGGAUAUUUCAUGCAUUCUAAUUGGCUAGCCUCUUUGAUAUUUAUGCUAUUCUAAUGCCUAAUUUAUUUUGUUUUGAUUCGAGUAAAAUUUGCAUCUAAUUGAUAGUCAGAAUUUUUAUUCAACCUUAUAAUGAAGUAUCUCUACAUCAUAUUGGCUAUACUCUAUCUAAUACCACAUGGAUUUCUACUUAGAGUAUUACUUGAUGGUGGUUUCGGUCCUUCAGGAUGGUACUUAUUAAAUGGAGAAUUCAAUUUUAUUUUUUGCGGAUGUAGAAUUGUAUUUAAAUUUAGUUAUUAAUCAUUAAAUAGUUGGAUUUUGGAUCGUCCCAGUUUCAACUCUCUUUUUUUUUUCAAUAUUAUUUUCAGUUUUUGUAAGCUACUUAACUAAAAUAGAAUUGUAUUUAUUGGCAUCGGCUGUAAAAUAAAAAAGAAUUGAGAUAUCCUGCCUUAAGGAUUCAGUCAAUCCUUCUAUUCCCCUUAGUUUACUUCUUGGCUUGGCUUAUCAAUUUCUUAAUCAGGUAAGUACAGAAUAAAUCAUUUUAGAUUGCAUGACACAGAUUCUAGCGAGUAAAACUAUUGCCCUCAAGAUAAGAUGAACUUCUUUUUCUACAUAUUUUAUUAAGUCUUAAACUUAGGAUUUGAAUUGCACUUGACUCUUGGGGCAAUUCUAUUUUUUUAUAUUUAUAAGUAAAUUUCUAUUAAUGGUUUAAAGAGGACUAUUUGGGAUGACUUCAUUAUGUGACUGGAUUUGUUUAAGAAAGAGAAAAUAGGGUAAACAAAAAAAGAAAUUAAUUUAUUAAGAUCAAUCAAUUUAGGCCAUUUAAUUAAAAUGA